UUUUCUUUUCUAUAGUUAGAAAUGGUGGAACCAGUUCCUGAAUCCAUCGACUUUUCCCAAGAAGAGGCAAAAAUUUUGGAAUACUGGAAGAAAAUUGAUGCAUUUAAAACAAGUUUGAAAUUGUCAAAAGGAAAACCAAGGUAUACCUUUUAUGAUGCAUUUAUGGGGCAUUUGUUAAAGGGGGCAAUCGUCGCUAUCCCCUUAUGAUGGCCCACCGUUUGCUACUGGCCUUCCCCAUUAUGGCCACAUUUUAGCUGGAACAAUUAAAGAUAUUGUAACACGGUAUGCACACCAGAAUGGCUUUCAUGUUGAAAGGCGCUUUGGUUGGGAUACUCAUGGACUUCCAGUUGAAUAUGAAAUUGACAAAACUCUGGGAAUCAAAGGUCCAGAAGAUGUCAUGAAAAUGGGAAUAGCAAACUACAAUGCAGAGUGCAGGAAGAUUGUCAUGCGGUAUGCUGAAGAUUGGGAAACAAUUGUCAACAGACUGGGACGCUGGAUUGAUUUCGAAAACGAUUACAAAACUCUUUGUCCUUGGUUCAUGGAGUCAAUUUGGUGGGUUUUUAAGCAACUCUUUGAGAAAGGACUGGUAUACCGUGGUUUCAAGGUGAUGCCUUUUUCAACUGCUUGCAGUACUCCAUUGUCCAAUUUUGAAUCAGGUCAAAAUUACAAGGAAGUAGUAGAUCCAGCAGUUAUUGUUAGUUUCCCGCUGGAUGACGAACCCGGAGUGUCAAUUCUUGCAUGGACUACCACUCCAUGGACACUGCCCAGUAAUUUAGCACUCUGUGUUAAUGCCGCCAUGGAUUACGUUAGAGUUAAAGAGAAGGCAACGGAAAAGGUUUCUAUCAUGAUGGAAGCUCGCCUCAGUGCGUUGUUUAAAACAGAAGAGGAAUAUGAAAUUUUAGAAAAAUUCAAAGGAGAAACUCUUAAAGGAAAGACUUACCUGCCGCUAUUCCCGUACUAUGCGAACUUGAAGACUUCCGGCUCGGGUGCAUUUAGAGUGUUAACAGAUUCGUACGUAACUGAGAAAUCGGGUACCGGCAUCGUUCAUCAAGCCCCUUACUUUGGUGAGGACGAUUACCGUGUUUGCUUGGCAGCUGGCAUCAUUUCACGAGACCAGGACAUGAUUUGCCCUGUGGAUGAUGGAGGACGCUUCAUCUUACCAGUGUCUGAUUUCGCUGGUCAACACGUGAAAGACGCAGACAAAAACAUUAUCAAAAUGUUGAAAGAUUGCGGUCGACUAGUGAACGCUGGCACUAUCAAACAUAGUUAUCCGUUCGGUUGGUGAUCCGAGACGCCCCUAAUUUACCGUGCCGUGCCUUCGUGGUUUAUUCGGGUGGAGCAAAUGUCGCAACAGCUAUUGGACAACAACCAGAAGACUUAUUGGGUGCCCGAUUUUGUUAAAGAAAAGCGUUUCGGUAAUUGGUUGCGAGAUGCUAGGGAUUGGGCCGUCAGUCGCAAUCGUUAUUGGGGUACACCUAUUCCCAUAUGGACGUCCGAAGAUGGUGAAGAAGUUGUGUGUGUUGGAUCCAUUGCCGAAUUGAAAGAGCUCACUGGUGUUGAACUGACUGAUCUCCAUCGUGAAAACGUUGAUGGACUCACCAUUCCGUCCAAGAUUGCUGGCCGACCGCCAUUUCGACGUGUUUCCGAGGUCUUUGACUGUUGGUUCGAAUCGGGGUCUAUGCCUUACGCCCAGGUCCACUACCCAUUUGAAAACAGGAAGGAAUUCGAGGAUUGUUUCCCUGCUGAUUUUAUUGCAGAAGGCACCGAUCAAACCCGCGGAUGGUCAAUGAGAUAUCGUCGAUGGCGACAGCAUCUUCGACAUUUGGACCGCAAUAAGCGUAAAACACCACCUACCCACCAAUUCGGCACUCGAUUAACAGGCGUAAUGCAAAUAAGGUUAUUGAAUACCUAAAUCUACCUGAUUUUCAAAGUUCGAAACAGCUUUUCCCUACCGUUUGAGACGGUGUAAAUCUGAAGAGGUUCGUGAAUUGUGGCCAUUUGGAGCGUAUCCAUAACGAGAAGGAAAGGGUGAACUGCCUGUCACUAGGCGGAGUUAAAAACACUGGGCUGCGAAAAACGGCUACCCCGAAUGAUAAAGAGCUACCACGAUCGACGCGGAGAUAGCCGGAACCAUUGGCCGGUUCAGGAGCAGCAUUAUCCAACUCCCAGGGUUCGUGAAUUGUGGCCAUUUGGAGCGUAUCCAGAACGAGAAGGAAAGGGUGAUCAGUCUUACAUCAGAUGGAGAUAUAACUACUGGGCUGCGAAAAAUGGCUACCCCGAAUGAUAAAGAGCUACCACGAUCGACGCGG